ACUUCCUUCAAGUAGCUACACACCAAUCUGCUAAGUUAACAUUCUUCAGAUAAUCAAUCAGUCACCAAGUCCUUCUUUUCCUUCAUAUUAUUUUUGCUCCUAUCUCUAUGGCUCUCUCGUUAGCUUCUUCUCCUUCCUCUUCUCGCACUUGGUUGUACGAUGUUUUCCCUAGCUUCAGUGGGGUAGACGUUCGUGUUACUUUCCUCAGCCACUUGUUGAAGGAGUUUGACAAAAAGUUGAUCACUGCUUUCAAAGACAACGAGAUCGAGAGAAGUCGAUCACUGGAUCCCGAGCUUAAACAAGCCAUUAAAGAUUCGAGGAUCGCAGUGGUUAUCUUCUCCCAAAACUAUGCCUCUUCAAGCUGGUGUCUUAAUGAGUUGUUAGAGAUAGUCAAGUGUGGUCAAAUGGUGAUACCUGUUUUCUACGGGUUGGAUCCUUCCCAUGUGAGGAAACAAACCGGUGCCUUUGGGAAAAUAUUUGAAGAAACAUGCAAGAAUCAAACAGAGGAAGUGAUAAUAAUUCAAUGGAGGAGAGCUUUGACCGAUGUAGCCAAUACUCUCGGGUAUCAUUCAGUAAACUGGGGUAACGAAGCUGCAAUGAUUGAAGAAAUCGCCAAUGAUGUUUUGGGUAAACUACUUUUAACUUCACCGAAGGAUUCAGAGAACUUUGUGGGCAUCGAAGAUCAUCUUGCAAAACUGAGUGUACUGCUUCAGUUGGACGCGGAGGAAGUGAGGAUGGUUGGUUUAUGGGGUUCCUCAGGGAUCGGCAAGACUACAAUUGCAAGAGUUCUGUUUCAACGACUUUCUCGACACUUCCGAGGUAGCAUUUUCAUAGACAGGGCUUUUGUAUCUAAGACUAUGGAAAUUUUCAAGGCAGCUAAUCCGGACGACUAUAACAUGAAGCUGCAUUUGCAAAGAAAUUUCCUAUCUGAAAUCUUAGGUAAAGGAGACAUAAAGAUACAUAAUUUGAGUGCAGUUGGGGAGAGGCUGAAGAAUCAGAAAGUUCUUAUUUUCAUUGAUGAUUUUGAUGAUCAAGUUGUGCUAGAUGCCUUGGUUGGUCAAACUCAAUGGUUUGGAAGUGGGAGCAGAAUCGUUGUGGUUACAAAUGAUAAGCAGUAUCUAAGGGCCCAUGGGAUUAAUAAAAUUUACGAGGUCUGUCUCCCAACUGAAAACCUAGCUGUUGAGAUGUUAUGUCGAUCUGCUUUCAGGAAAAAGGCUGCACCUGAAGGUUUUGAGGAGCUUGUAGCUAAAGUUACAGGACUUGCUGGUAGUCUUCCUUUAGGUCUUAAUGUUUUGGGUUCAUAUCUACGGGGAAGGGACAAGGAGUACUGGAUGGAUUUGUUGCCAAGGCUUCAGAAUUGUUUAGAUGAGAAAAUUGAGAAGACAUUGAGAGUCAGCUACGAUGGAUUAAGAAGCGAAGAAGAUAAAGUGUUAUUUCGCCACAUCGCAUGUCUUUUCCAUUGGGAAAAAGUCACAUACCUGAAGUUUCUGCUCGCUGAUAGUGGGUUGAGUGUUACGGUUGGGCUGGAAAACCUAGCCGAUAAGUCCCUAAUUCAUGUAAGUUCGGGUUAUGUGAGAAUGCCCAGUUUGCUACAAGAGAUGGGUAGGCGUCUUGUUCGUAUUGGGGAGCCUGAAAAACGAGAAUUUCUGGUGGACGCACAAGAUAUCUGUGAUGUACUCAGUCAAGACACUGGUACUCAUAAGAUAUUGGGUAUAAAAUUGAAUAUUGAUGAGAUUGAUGAACUGAAUGUGCAUGAGAAUGCCUUCAAAGGGAUGCGCAAUCUGCGUUUCCUGGAAAUUCACUCACAAACCCGUUAUGAGAUUGGAAAGGAAGAAGUUACAAUUCACUUACCUGAAAACUUCGACUAUUUGCCUCCUAAACUUAAAAUAUUGGAUUGGUAUGAAUAUCCAAUGAGAUGUCUUCCUUCUAAGUUUCGUCCUGAAAAACUCGUCAAGCUCAAAAUGGUGAAUAGCAAGCUCGAGAAGCUGUGGGAAGGGAUUGUGUCGCUUACAUGUCUAAAAGAGAUGAAUAUGUCGAGAUCUCAAAACUUGAUAGAAAUGCCAGAUCUUUCAAAGGCCACCAAUCUGGAGACACUAUAUCUUGAGAAUUGUUAUAGUUUGGUCAAGCUUCCUUCCUCUAUUCCACAUCCUAACAAACUGACGACAUUAAACAUGAUGUAUUGUCGAAAUGUGGAGACUAUUCCAACUGGCAUUAGCCUCAAAUCUCUCAAAAACCUAUAUACUAAUGGAUGCUCACGGAUGAGGACUUUUCCCCAAAUCUCAAGCACCAUCGUACGUGUGGACAUAGACGCAACAUCCAUUGAAGCAAUACCUUCAAAUUUGAGUUUGUGUUUCGAGAAUCUCGAUACCUUUAUGAUGCACAGCCUAAAGAAACUAUGGGAAAGAGUGCAGCUUCUUACUCUCCUCACGCCGAUCAUGUCUCCCUCUUUGUGGUAUCUGGAUCUCUCGUAUAACCCUGGCUUGGUGGAGCUUCCUUCUUCAUUUAAGAAUCUCCAUAAACUGAGGAGAUUGAAAAUUAGUAACUGCGUAAAUCUGGAAACUCUUCCCACCGGAAUCAACCUCGGAUCUCUCCAUCUCCUAGAUCUCAGUGGAUGCUCAAGGUUGAGGACUUUUCCCCAAAUCUCAACCAACAACAAAAAGCUCGAUCUAAGCGAAACAGCCAUUGAAGGAAUUCCUUGUUCGAUUGAUAAAUUCACCCGUCUUGUAUACCUCACGAUGGAGGGAUGCAUAAAUCUGGAGACUCUUCCCACCGGAAUCAACCUCCAAUCUCUCUCGGAACUAAAUCUCAAUGGAUGCUCACGGUUGAGGACUUUUCCUGAUAUCUCUACCAACAUCAGACGGCUCAAUCUAAGCGGAACAGCCAUUGAAGAGGUUCCUUGUUGGAUCGAGAAAUUCUCCGGGCUUAACUUCCUAUGGAUGAAGGGAUGCAACAAUUUGGAAUAUGUAAACCUAAACAUUUCUAAACUCAAACAUCUUCAAAAUGUCGACUUUUCAGACUGCAAGUCAUUGACUGGAGCUAGCUGGAAUAAUCGUCCAAGAGAAAGUGCCUUGAGUUAUUACCACGGAUCCUACAGUUGUAUCGAUUUCACCAAGUGCAUAAACUUGGAUCAAGAAGCUCUGUUUCAAAAGAAAACAUAUUCAGAUUGUCUACUGAGGUUGUCAGGUGAACAAGUGCCUUCAUAUUUCACUCACCUUACUACUGGAACCUCCUCCUCUCUCACCAUUCCUUUACUUCACAGCGCUCUCACGCAACCAUUCCUCCGAUUCAGAGCUUGCAUUGUGUUUGAUUCGGACAAUGAGUCAUAUAGCAAAGGUGUCUUUAGAUUCAAAGGCAGUUUUCGGAACUGCUCUGAUUCCUAUUAUCAGGCACAAGACUUCUGCGCAGUCACGGAUGAUUAUAUGAUCGGUUCAUUUGAGAAGGAUGCUUAUCUGUCUGUAUUAGACUACCAGAUGUCUCAAAUCCCUUUAGAAAUGAACUUCGAUCGCCUGGAUCUGAAGAUUGAUAUUGUUGAUUCUAAUGAUGCUAAAAUUAAAGGAUGGGGUAUACGAAUCUUAGAGGAGGACUGUUCAUCGGCAGACAACCGACUUGGUUAUCCAAACAUUCUACCACAUGUUUUUGAAGCCCAUGAAGGCAAAUAUGCUUAAUGAGGCUGGUGAAUGUGGAGGCAAAUGAUGUAGUGACGGAAACAAGCCGAUUUCGUGAAUAAACUUUUGAUUGUGUUAGGUUGUAACGCAGAGCAUCUAAAAUUAGGAAUUAAAUCAGUUCCACAAACCAAAUAGACAUUUUUCGACUGGUGAUUUCAGACGAAUCAUUGGAAUGCUUCUACAGCUUUUCCAGCAGUUUAGUGGAAUCAAUGCUAUUAUGUUCUAUGCACCGGUUUUGUUCCAGACCGUUGGAUUUGGAAGUAACGCAGCUCUUCUCUCUGCGGUUAUCACGGGAAGCAUCAACGUUCUCAGUACGUUCGUAGGGAUCUACCUCGUGGACAGAACCAGUCGGAGGUUCCUUCUUUUACAAUCUUCCGUUCACAUGCUCAUUUCCCAGUUGAUCAUUGGAAUCAUCCUAGCAAAAGACUUGGGUAUCACGGGAACACUCGGGAAGGCACAAGCCAUGGUGGUUGUGGUCUUUGUG